AUGGAGAUUAUGGGUCUGUUUCAGUUGCUGCCUCGCCUCGUCGUCUUCGAUCUCGAUUAUACUCUCUGGCCUUUCUACUGCGAAUGUCGGUCGAAACGGGAUAUGCCGAGAGUGUAUCCUCAUGCCAAGGGCAUUCUCUACGCCCUCAAGGAUAAAGGUGUUAAGAUUGCAAUUGCCUCAAGAUCACCAACUCCUGAUAUAGCUAACACUUUUCUUGAUAAAUUGGGGAUAAAAUCAUUGUUUGUUGCUCAGGAGCGGCAGCAGCUCAAGCGCGCCCAGCUGCAGGCCAGCCGCGACACCGCCGCCUCCUACAUGCGCAACCCCAUGGUCUCCCCCUCUCACUGCCGCUUCUCUCAUCUUUUAAAAAAAAAAAAACGCAGAUCAAGAACUAGCAAAGGGUAG